GUAAUCUACGUUGGACACAUUCCUCAUGGAUUUUAUGAAGAGGAAAUGAAAGGAUUCUUUUCACAGUUUGGCGACAUCAAUAAAAUUAGGCUAUCACGCAGUAAAAGAAGCGGUCGAUCGCGUGGUUAUGCAUUUAUCGAAUUUUCGAAUCAAGAUGUAGCUACAAUUGUAGCGGAAACGAUGAAUAAUUAUAUGAUGUGUGGCAGAUUAUUAAAAUGUCAAUUAAUGAAAAGCGAAUCGGUUCACCCUGAAACUUUUAAAGGUGCUAACCGAAAAUUUCGCAAAAUUAACUGGAGAGAGUUAGCCAAGAAACAAGCGAAUGCACCGAAAACAGAUCAAGAGAACACCAAAGUAGUGAAUAAGUUAAUUAAAGCCGAAAAUGUUCGUAGGAAAAAGUUACAAAAACUUGGAAUAGACUACCAAUUCCCUGGUUAUGUA